UCUCUCUCUCUGUCACACACACACACACAAACGUAGCCAGCUCUGCUCUCUCUCGGUCUAUUCAACUCAAUAUAAUAUGUUUCCUGAUUCUUGAAUCCCUGAAUCAGCUCUGGCUCUCUGGUCACCUUUUCUCUCUCCACUUCCACAGCAGCUCAAAAAGAACAUUAUUGACAUGUCUUCUUCAUCUUCUUCCUCUCCAAUUCCAUUAUCUCCUCGUAGAUCUUCAACAACUGUUGUGCUGCGCUGAGAAGCCUCUCUUCUUCCUCUUUUUCUAGAGAGAGAGACACACACACAAGCAUUUUCUGUAAUCCCUUCUAGCGCGCCACUUGUCCAAUUCAAUUACUACCCUUUUUCCUUCAAGCUCAUCUCUCUUUUUUUUUGUAAUUUAGGCAGAACAACCCUCAAUUAGGCACCAAAUUCCUGGUUCUCGACCGUAUUUCGUUCCCCUCAAAUUUAAUUAUAUCCAUUCAUUUCACUGUAGCGCAGCAAACCCAAUAAAAAAAAUAUUUUUUUUUGUUCCAACUGCUCUGGAAUUAGCUUGAAUAAAAGGGAGAAAAUCAUAUUGUCGGUCUGCGUGUUGAUAGUAUACGUGCAAGGCUGAUUGGCUUUUUCUUGAGCUGUUACCUUUUUUCAUAAGGUAAGUGUGAGAGCAAGAAGCAAUCUUGGAGAAUCUUUGUCAGCUGCAGAGAAUUUUCAAGAAUUGGUUUUUGGGAGAAAUUACUAGGAUGGCCAUGGUGGCGCAGCAUCAUAGAGAGAGGGAGAAUAGCAGUGGGAGCAUAAGUAAGCAUCUGGAUUCCGGCAAGUAUGUGAGGUACACGGCGGAGCAGGUGGAGGCGUUGGAGAGGGUCUACUCCGAGUGCCCUAAGCCGAGCUCCUUGCGCCGGCAGCAGCUGAUCCGGGAAUGCUCCAUUCUUUGCAACAUUGAGCCUAAACAGAUCAAAGUCUGGUUCCAGAACCGCAGGUGUCGAGAGAAGCAGCGGAAGGAAUCCACGAGACUUCAGAGUGUCAACAGAAAAUUGAGCGCAAUGAAUAAGUUGUUGAUGGAGGAAAACGAUCGCCUGCAGAAGCAGGUUUCUCACCUGGUUUGCGAGAAUGGUUAUAUGAGGCAACAGUUGCAAACUGCGGCUGUACCGACCGGUGAUGCAAGUUCUGAGUCAGCGGUCACGACCCCACAGCAUUCUCUUAGAGAUGCUAACAAUCCUGCUGGACUCCUCUCUAUUGCUGAGGAGACCUUGGCAGAGUUCCUCUCAAAGGCUACAGGAACGGCUGUUGAUUGGGUCCAGAUGCCUGGGAUGAAGCCUGGUCCGGAUUCGGUUGGAAUAUUUGCCAUCUCACAACGUCGAGGUGGAGUGGCGGCUCGAGCUUGUGGUCUUGUUAGUUUAGAACCAUCUAAGAUUGCUGAGAUCCUCAAAGAUCGUCCAUCAUGGUUCCGUGACUGUCGAGGCCAAGAGAUUUUCACUAUGUUUCCUGCUGGAAAUGGAGGAAUCAUUGAGCUCUUGCAUACACAGAUAUAUGCACCGACUACUCUGGCUCCUGCUCGUGAUUUUUGGACCCUAAGAUACACAACCUCAUUGGAAAAUGGCAGCCUUGUCGUAUGCGAGACAUCACUUUCUGGCACUGGGGCUGGUCCAUCUGCAACUUCAGCUUCACAGUUUGUUAGAGCUGAAAUGCUUCCAUCUGGAUAUUUGAUUCGGCCAUGUGAUGGUGGAGGAUCAAUUAUUCACAUCGUGGACCACGUUAAUCUCCAGGCGUGGAGCGUGCCAGAGGUGCUGCGGCCACUUUAUGAAUCGUCAAAAGUUGUGGCGCAGAAAAUGACAAUCUCGGCGCUAAGAUAUAUUCGGCAGAUAGCCCAGGAAACAAGUGGGGAAGUAGUAUAUGGUCUUGGUCGCCAGCCAGCUGUAUUGCGGACCUUCACCCAGAGAUUAAGCAGAGGCUUUAAUGAUGCCAUCAACGGGUUCAACGACGAUGGAUGGUCGAUAUUAAACUGUGAUGGUGCUGAAGAUGUAGUAGUUGCCCUUAAUUCAGCCAAGAAUCUGACUGCUGAUGCAAGUGUUGUUCCGCUGCUCGGAGGUGUUCUUUGUGCAAAAGCAUCUAUGCUGCUUCAGAACGUCCCUCCAGCAAUGUUGGUUCGUUUUUUGAGGGAGCAUCGAUCAGAGUGGGCAGACUUUACUGUUGAUGCCUAUGCUGCCACGUCAUUGAAGUCGAGCACAUGCUCAUAUCCUGUAACAAGGCCUACAAGAUUCACCGGAACCCAGAUAAUCAUGCCUCUAGGUCAAACGAUUGAACAUGAGGAGAUGCUCGAAGUUGUUCGUUUGGAAGGCCACGGGGAUGCUUUUUCAUCCAGGGACGUUCAUCUUCUACAGAUGUGCAGUGGAGUUGAUGAGAAUGCUGUGGGAGCCUGCUCGGAACUUAUUUUUGCACCCAUUGACGAAAUGUUUCCAGAUGAUGCACCGCUGCUGCCUUCUGGUUUCCGUAUAAUUCCACUUGAUUCAAAAUCAGGCGAUGCACAGGAUGUAUUGACCUCACACAAGACACUAGAUUUGACAUCGAGUCUUGAAGUUGGCCCAGCAUCCAGCCGUGGUGCAGAAAAUACAGGGUCUUCUUACAGCGCACGAGCAGUAUUAACUAUUGCUUUCCAAUUCCCAUAUGAGAGCAAUUUACAUGAUAACGUUGCUACAAUGGCAUGUCAAUACGUCCGUAGCGUGAUCUCCUCGGUACAGAGGGUUGCCACAGCUAUAUCUCCAUCAGGGUUGAGCCCGACAGCGGGGCCAAAGGUGUCUCCAGUCUCUCCUGAAGCUCAAACGCUCACACAUUGGAUAUGCCAGAGCUAUAGCUACCAUGUGGGAACCGAGUUGCUAAGAUCCGAAUCCAUAGGCAGUGACUCAGUAUUGAAGACGCUUUGGCAUCAUCAGGAUGCCAUCUUAUGCUGCUCCUUGAAGGCUCAGCCAGUUUUUAUAUUCGCGAAUCAGGCUGGGCUCGACAUGCUGGAGACCACACUGGUUUCUCUACAAGAUAUUGCGUUAGAUAAGAUAUUUGAUGAUGCCGGUCGCAAGGCAUUGUCCUCGGAAUUCUCUAAGAUCAUGCAAGAGGGAUUUGCUUACUUGCCUGGUGGCAUUUGCAUGUCGACGAUGGGGCGGCACAUCUCGUAUGAACAAGCCAUCGUGUGGAAGGUCUUUGCUGCAGAAGAGAACUCCUCCGUCCACUGCCUCGCGCUCUCUUUUGUCAACUGGUCAUUCGUUUAAAUAUGUAAAUUCCCAGAUGAAAACUGAAAAUGGAGGAAUCAAAAAGUUUUGUAUGUCUGUUUCUGGUUUUUUUGCUAAUCUAUAUUUAUACCAGUGUUCCAAAAUUGUGAUCCUUCAAUGUAAAUUCUUCUACUUUUUAUAGGUGGUAUCUUUUUCUUGUUUGCAA